AUGCCAGAGCUACGAAAGUUGAAGAAGCAACACAACCUGACUCGGCAGCCCGUGUCGACCGCCGACUCGCUAUCGAGUCUCGUUGCUGUUGCCGAUCACUCUCCACUGCUUCAGCAGAUUCAAGACUUCGUGCGCGAGAAGGUAGGCCGUCAAUAUUCCUUGGUCCCCUUCGCUCAGGAGCCGUCCUGUCGUAUGCCUCCAACGCUCCGCACUCUCAUUGCCGAAGAGGUUGCUCAAGCUGUUCCCGUCGCUCACCACCAGCAUCCUGUGGCCGCGCCUCUUACCUAUGCGCAGGCAGCACAGCCUGUAGCCGCACCUCUUACGUAUGCCCAGGUAGUGCGUGCAGCUCCCCAGCCGCCUUUUUCGAUCCUGCAACAGUCUGCACCACCCACCACUCCUACUGCUUCUUAG